CACACAGCUGCAUUUAAAACACAUUUAAAUUAAGGUCUUUUGCUUUUAAAGCCCAGUUGUGCGCCUCACAAAGCGAUAAAAAUAGCACACAGCUUUAAUUUGGAAGUGAUAUUGCUAAAGCUGCUGGCUGGCUGGAUGCAGGGAUUUUCUGGAUGAGUUGCAUGGGGAGCAAGCAGAUGAACGUGAAGGAUAAACAACCAUGGAUGUAGCAUUGGAUUAUAAUAUUUAAAGCCUUUCCGUCCUCAUUAUUUUACAUUUUAACACUGCUGUCUGUGUGAAAAAACGACGGCUUGUUUCACCUUUCGCAAAAACUGGACCUGAGCCGCGAUAUCAAGCUGCUUCAGUGAGAUUUCCUUAUGGCAGACAGUAUUAUGAGCAAGGCUGCUACUAUGGAGAUCCCCAUUAACAGCAAUGGAGACACAGGGGCACUGGCAGAGGAUGACAGCUUGGAGCAGGACUUGCAGCAGGUGAUGGUGUCUGGACCCAACCUGAAUGAAACCAGCAUUGUCUCAGGAGGUUAUGGAGGACCUGCAGGGGGCAUCAUUCCAACCAGCACCAUCAAAGGGCCUGCAAUUCGCCUCAACCCUGAGUAUCUGGACAGAAGACGAGCCCCUGCGCCUGGACCAGACAUUCGCAUGAAAUCGAGGGGUGUUAACUUGCCUAAAAGCCAAUCUGCAGCAAGUCGACUUGCCCAACACAGAGACCAGCAUCCAGGUAUCACCAGGCUCAUCACCAUGUCCAUGCUCGCUGUCAUAAGACCCAUACAAUUUCUGUCAAACUCAGGGUCCUCAAACCAUAACGCUUGUAAUUCAACUGAAGAACUUUCUCGUGGUGUAGCAGUGGAGAAGUUGGAUAGUGUAAAGAAAUGGGGCAUUAACACAUAUAAGUGUACCAAACAGAUGUUUUCAGAGCGGUUUGGUCGAGGUUCACGGACAGUAGAUCUUGAACUGGAGGCUCAGAUUGACGUCUUAAGAGAUACCAAGAGCAAGUAUGAAAACAUCCUUAGUCUGGCAACUGCGCUCAUUAAUCAUUUUCAGUGCAUGGUGCAGACACAACAGGCUCUUGGAGACACCUUCACUGACCUCAGCCAGAAGUCCCCAGAGUUACAGGACGAGUUUGGGUAUAAUGCAGAAACUCAAAAGCUUUUGUGCAAGAAUGGCGAGGCCCUGCUCGGUGCCAUCAACUUUUUUGUAGCCAGUGUCAACACCCUGGUUAACAAAACAAUGGACGAUACGCUGAUGACCAUUAAGCAUUAUGAAAAUGCAAGACUUGAGUUUGACGCCUACCGUUCUGAUCUGGAAGAGCUGAGUUUGGGCCCAAGGGAUGCCGCUGCCAUAGUCCGCAUGGAUAUGGCCCAGCAUGAUUACCAAAUCCACAGAGACAAAUAUGAACGGUUGCGUAGUGAUGUCACCAUCAAACUCAAAUUCCUAGAGGAAAACAAGGUGAAGGUGAUGCACAAGCAGCUGCUCCUCUUCCACAAUGCUAUUUCAGCUUAUUUUGCUGGCAACCAGCAACAGCUGGAACAAACUCUUAUACAAUUCAAUGUGAAGCUAAAGCCCCCAGGAUCAGACAAGCCAUCCUGGCUGGAGGAGCAGUAAGGAGCGCUCAGGGUCCAGCUGGUGAAGAUGUACAAUGACACACUGGUCAGUGAAGAACUUGAGAUCGCUGUUAGAUGGACAAGAAGAUAUUGUAGGAUCAGUACAGAACAGUAAGGAAAAACAUGAGAGAUCAAGUUUGUAUUGUUUUUCAAUAUCACUUGUUUUACAUAGAUGGUACAAGGGUUUCAUUUGUAUUUAGGGUUUUUUGUUAAGUCACAAAAUGACCUCUUCUUACUUUAUUUUUCUUUGGGUAGAACAAUCAUUUACAUGUAUAUAUCUUCUUAUGUAUGUACAGUAUAGUCUACUAUUGUGGGAAUAUCAGUUGGCAGUUUUGCACAUGCAUUGUUUUCUUGUUUAUUUAUGUUGAAUUAUUUUUAAUAUUUCAUGGAAUAUCAUAUGGGAGGAUUUUCACAAAGUGGAUUAGCAAAUUAGCGGGAUAAUGUCAGAAAUGUUAUGAAAUAUCCCCUGAAAUUGUAUGUAUGUUUCUUGGGUAUGCAUGACUGAAUCAGAUUCUUAAACUUAAUAUUCGUGUUUAAAUCGGCGUCACCAGGAUAUAGCAUUAUUCUCAAAGUUAUCUCACUAUGUUUCUAAUCUUGCUUUGUGUAAUACCUGCCUCAAUGGUCAGUUUACAUGUAUAGAAGGGAAAAUAUAUACUGUAAUAUAGUGCUUUUCUCUUACUUAAUAUACAAUCAGUAAUUAGUUUGAACAUCUAAAUUUUGGGUUCUUUAUGAAUCCAGCACAGUUACAACUCAAGAGUUUACAGACAUUAAAAAUGCAAACACACUUCAUAAUCAGAUGUAAUAUGUUUAACAGUAACACCUCAAAUGAUAAAUCCAAACAUUUCAGAUCUCAUAAUAAAAUCAAAAUGCACAACAACCAAGCGUUGACAAUUUUAGUGGGAGGUGCCAUUGUACAACUAUAAAAAAAGGACCUUUGCGACACUGCAGUUCUGUUUUUGUUGUCUCAAUUUUUUACAACACAAACAGUGAAUGGGAAUACUAGCUUAGGAUACAAGUUCCAGUAUCUCUUCAAGGACAGAAUGUAUGAAUAUGUAUGCAUAUUCAUGUAUCUUAUUUUGUGUUAUUUAUUUACCAAUCUGUAACAUAACACUGUAUGUUACGUAAGUUGUCUUUUAAGUCCUAGUCAGCUGAUUGUCUUUGUCUUGUUCUGCAUUUCCAAUAAAGUCUGCUGGAUGUUUUGUUCCACUUAACUGUGCCGUUGACACGAAUGUGUCAGUUUGAUAUGGAAAGCUUUCACAGAGUAUGUAGAGAAAACUCCCAGCUGGUAUGUAACAUGUAUGGCACA